AUGACAAGAAACAGAAGUGGUAUAUGUUCAGGUCAAAGUAGUUCAAGAUUAUCAAAUGAUGAAUUAGUCGUUAUAAGAGCUUCAAUGAUGGCUGAAGUUGUUAGUGAAAUACAAGAAGAAAAGAAUAAAAAGAGAAGUGUUAAUAUCAGUAUUGAAAAAUCAAUUUCAGUUGAAACCAAAUCUAGUAAAACAUCACUGCAAAAUUAA